AUGGUGCAAAAAUGGGUUAAGCUGAAAAAAGAAAGCAUCCACGACAUUCUUUAUAGUGAUCAGGCUAAUGAAGUGUCUAAAGUUUUACCUCCACUUGCAACGAUAACUCACCUGGGUGUGAGGGAGAUAUACAGAGACUUUUUACAAUAUGCCAACACAUUUGCAAGUAAAGUGCUGAAGUUGCAACAAAGUCUUAACCAGCUUCAAAUAUCUGAUAGUAAAGCUAUCAUAUGGGUUGGCGAACCAAGCAAAGAAGAAGUGGAGGAAGAGGAAUGUGGAGAUAAAAAUGAAGUUGAAGAAGAUGAUGAAGAUGGAGACAACAACAAAGAUGAAGCUGAAGAUGCAUAUGAAGCUGGGGAUGAAGAUGAGGAUGACGAUGGACAUGAAACUGCAGCUAGAGCUGGAUCUAAAGAAGAUGAAGAUGAAGGCUCCGAUAGUAAGGAAGAAAGUGAUGAAAGACAAGAUGCUAAGAAGAGGAGGAGAACAGAUGAAAGCCCAAUGAUUUGA